AUGUCCAACCCACCACCACCUCCUGGCCCUCCGCCCAACCGUCCCCUUCCACCAAUCCCCAACCCAAAACCAAACCCCAACCCGCAGCCCAAGACUCAGGCUUGUCCGGAAGAUGAAACAACCCUCGCCAGCACCAUUGACUCCAGGGGUGACCACCGGCCUCACCAAUUCAAAGACAAGAGAUAUAUCUCAUUACCGCUGCGGCCUCGUCACACUAAUGCCACACCUGCUCCCACCACUACCAGUCUCGUCAAUUCCCUCAACGGCACUAAUGUAGAUGAAACACCACCGAUAUCUCCUCCGCCCAAACCGGUACCAAGGCCAGGGCCUCCACCAAAGCCGCGGCCGGAACUCGACAUCGCUAAUGGUGAUAGCGAGAAGGGAUUGAGGGAUGACGAAAAAGAGACACGCUUGCCAAGUCGAUCCCGACCGGAACUCGACAUCGCUAAUGGUGAUAGCGAGAAGGGAUUGAGGGAUGACGAAAAAGAGACACGCUUGCCAAGUCGAUCCCGACCGGACCUCGAUGUUACCGUAGCCCAAGGCCUUGACAAGAGCCGAUAG